UUCAUCUCUGUGCCUGCGCAGAAAAUCCGAUUUAGAUUUUAACAUUUUUAAAGAAAAGUUGCGUCAAAAGCAAGAGAAGGAAAGACAACAGGAUGCUUCCUCGUAUUUGUGAAUAAAAGAGAACAGAACUCCCAUGAAUGAGCUAAGAUUACACUGCAUUCAAUCCUUCAAUUCUUAUUAAUAUAAGAUGUUGGGGGCCUUCAAUCCUUUAAAUACGUUUUCUUAUUAUGUUCGUCUAUGCCGGGAACUUCGUCUAUGGCAGGAACUACCUGAACGACUUUUUCCUGAACGACUUUUUCCUGAAGGCAGAGCAGCAGCAAUGUUCCUUGAAGAAAGCGGGGAUAUUUCCAGCAUGCCGGAGAAACUUCACUUGGAUAUAAGUUAUAAUGAGCGUAUUCGGCCUCUUCUGGAUGCCGUUGACACACUUAGAAAUCUGGGAGUAAUGAAGGAAGGCAUCCAAUUGCCAAGUAUUGUUGUUGUGGGAGACCAGUCUUCUGGUAAGUCGAGUGUGUUGGAGUCACUGGCAGGCAUUAGCCUUCCAAAAGGCCAUGGAAUUUGCACUAGAGUCCCACUCAUCAUGAGGUUGCAGAGCUGUAAAAGUCAAGAGACCCAGAUUACCAUACAGUACAGUGGAAUUACAAGAAGCAUUUCUGAAGCUCAGAUAACAGAAGCCUUAAAUGUGGCCACAGAGGAGAUUGCAGGGCCUGGGAAGGAAAUCAGUAACACUCCAAUUACACUGAAUGUGAGCAAGUUCAAUGCUCCAGAUCUAACUAUGGUGGAUUUGCCAGGCAUAACCAGGGUGCCCGUCCAUGGCCAGCCACAGGACAUUUAUGAACAAAUUGCUAGGGUUAUCAAGCAGUAUAUAACCCCAAAGGAAAGCAUAAUUCUGAAUGUGUUAUCUGCAUCUGUAGAUUUUCCUACCUGUGAAUCUAUCAGAAUGUCCCUACAAGUAGAUGAGAAGGGGGAAAGAACUCUGGCUGUGGUCACCAAGGUAGACAAAGCUGCAGAAGGUCUGCUAGAGAAAGUAACAGUUGAUGCUGUGAAUAUUGGUCUUGGGUAUGUGUGUGUUAGAAACAGAAUUGGCAAUGAAUCAAAUGCUCAAGCAAGGCAGACGGAGAGGGAGCUCUUCAGUAACGACCCACAUCUUUCAAAGAUUGAUAAAUCCAUGGUGGGAAUACCUGUGCUGGCAGAAAGGCUAAUGAAGAUCCAGGCCCUGGGGAUCAGUAAAUGCCUGCCAGACAUUGUAAGAAAAAUAGACACAACUCUUUCUAAGAGGCAGGCAGAGCUCAAUUCCUUGCCUAGGCAUUUCUCCAGUUCUGUUGACGCAACGAUUGAGUUCAUGAGAUUGAUGGAUUCAAUCAAGGGUAUAAUACACAGGCUUCUCAUACAGGGUAACACUGAAAAUUUCCAGGAUGAACCUGAAAUGAAUUGUAUUGCUUGUCUAACCAGGAUGUUUAAGAGCUAUUCCCGUGACCUGCUUGCUACCAAUUAUAAGUCAACUGGUAAUCUUCUUGUUGAGGAAGUAAAUUUACUGGAAGAGGCACGGGGCCUUAGUCUUCCAAAUUUCUUACCUCAUUCUGUUUUUUUAAAUCUUCUUCAAAGUCGUAUGGUUUCCUUCUCUGAGAGGAGCAGAGAUUUAGCACUACAGGCCUGUGAUUAUUUAGACAAAGUCAUAUGUCGUGUGAUUGAUCUGCAAACAGAAUGCUACCCACAACUUCAGUCUGCAUCGAGGAGGGCUUUUCAAGCCUUAAUGGAUAGGAAAAAAGAUGAAUGUGUUCGCUACGUAGAGGAUGCCCUGGAGAUGCACAAGACAAUUGUGUAUACAGAGAAUCCCAGUUACACAGAAUUCUUGCAGAGAAUGCAAGAAUUCAAGAAAAGAUUUAUGGAAGCAAUAAAUCAGAAUUCCAGCUCUGUUGAAAUUGAAGGCAUGGGGCAAAUUGAUCUACAAAAAGUACCCAAAACCUGCGAUCUGCUGGAGGCGGCACUGGAGAUGAAGAUGAGCCUCAUGGCUUACUGGAGCGUUGUGAGGAUUAGGUUGGCUGAUGACAUACCUCUGCAUCUUCGUUUUGUUUUCCAGAAAAUUGUUCAGAAUGAUCUUGUGAGCUGCAUUAUGAAGGAGGUAAUGGGAGAAGAUUUUACAAAGAUUGGAAAUAUACUGGAAGAAUGUUCUGCCACAACAAACAGGAGGAGGAACCUGAUUAAGAGUGUCGAUUUACUCAGGGAAUCAAAAUCUGCGCUCUCAAAAAUCAUGUGAAAGAUUGUAGAAGCUUAGCAUUCUUUCUGUACUCAGAAAGAUUUAAGUGAUGUUCUGUUUUGUUUUGUUUAUCACUUUUGUUGUAUAAGCUUGCUACUGAACACUAAUGCUAGUGAAAGAUAACCCUAAGGUCAAAAACCUAAAAUAAUAGAGAGGUAAGGUGAACUAGUAGCCCAUAUGAUAUCUCUCUAGCAUGUCAUGUAAGGGCAGUUUCACUUCACUCUCUUAUUUAUGUAAAACUUUCUAUCAGUAAUUGUAUUUAUUGUGCUUCAAA